GUGGGGGAGCUGCCACUCGCCAGUGGAGCUCGGUCGCUCAGGUGUGUAGGUUCGAUCCGGCUGUGCCAUGUGUUAGAUGAAGGUGAGAUCGUAUCCCGGGAGGCCGGUAGAAGCAAUGGGCCUGAGCUACGAGGCCAACUGGGCCGGCCUGAGGAGCCCUUUCAAACGUUUGGAAAACAGCCGCGACGAGCCGAUCUCAGUCACGUCGACUGUCGCCUCUUCAUUCGAAUACGUCCCCAGAGGGAAGACGGUCUCCUUCGAGGAUGAGGAGUUCAGCAUACCCCGGCCUAAGCUUCUCGUACCAGUGCACACGUAUGGAAUCAGGAAGAGGAGGACCGGGAUGGUCCUGCAGUCUGGAAGAUCCGGCAGCGGGGACAACCAUCCGCAGAAAUCUCAACAGUCCAGGACUCAAAACAAAUCCUGCCCAGAGGGGCGCGUCGAGGCGUCCAGAGAGAACAAAUACCUCAGAACGCUGGCGUCCGGAGAGGUUUUUGGAGAGCUGGCGAUUCUGUACAACUGCAAGAGGACAGCUACUAUCAAGGCCGCGAGCGAUUGCAAGCUAUGGGCAAUCGAAAGACAAUGCUUUCAGACUAUUAUGAUGAGGACCGGCCUGAUUAGGCAAACAGAAUACACAGACUUCCUCAAGAGCGUACCAAUCUUCAAGAAUCUCCCGGAGGAGACGCUUAUUAAAAUUUCUGACGUGUUGGAGGAGACAUAUUACAACGAAGGAGAUUACAUAAUACGACAAGGAGCGCGAGGUGAUACCUUUUUCAUCAUCAGCAAAGGGCAGGUCAAAGUGACCAUGAAACAGCCAACCUCGGUCGAAGAAAAAUUCAUCAGGACAUUGACGAAAGGUGAUUUCUUCGGCGAGAAGGCGUUACAGGGUGAUGACCUCCGAACAGCUAAUAUCAUUGCCGAUGAUCCGGAAGGUGUCUCCUGCCUCGUCAUCGACAGGGAGACGUUCAACCAGUUGAUUUCCGGCCUGGACGAAGUCAGGACGAGAUACAAAGACGAGCUUAUAGACAGGAAAAGGCUCAACGAGGAGUUCGAGGGGCUGAGACUGAGCGAACUGAGAGUUUUGGCCACGUUGGGCGUCGGUGGAUUCGGUAGAGUCGAACUUGUACAGAUCGCACAUGAUCCGACGAGAUCGUUUGCGUUGAAGCAAAUGAAAAAGAGUCAGAUUGUCGAAACGAGACAACAGCAGCACAUUAUGUCCGAGAAGGAAAUAAUGGGAGAGGCGAACAGUGAAUUUAUAGUCAAACUGUAUAAAACUUUCAAGGACCGCAAGUAUCUUUACAUGUUGAUGGAAUCCUGCCUUGGAGGCGAACUUUGGACGAUACUUAGGGAUAAGGGGUUCUUCGACGAUCAUACAACUCGUUUCUACACGGCAUGUGUCAUCGAAGCGUUCGACUAUCUACAUUCCCGGAACAUAAUAUACCGUGAUCUCAAGCCUGAAAAUCUGUUGCUGGACGUUAGCGGAUACGUGAAACUAGUUGAUUUCGGCUUCGCAAAAAAACUCACCCACGGACGAAAAACGUGGACGUUUUGUGGUACGCCCGAAUACGUCGCACCUGAAGUCAUUUUGAACCGUGGUCACGAUAUUAGCGCAGAUUACUGGUCUUUGGGAGUACUCAUGUUCGAACUUCUUACUGGUACACCUCCAUUCACUGGAGCUGAUCCGAUGAAAACUUAUAACAUAAUUCUUAAGGGCAUUGAUGCCAUAGAAUUUCCUAGAAAUAUAACGAGAAAUGCGAAUGUUUUAAUCAAAAAGCUUUGCAGGGACAACCCAGCAGAGCGACUAGGAUAUCAGAAAGGUGGCAUAAGCGAAAUUCAAAAACACAAAUGGUUUGAUGGUUUUAACUGGGAAGGAUUGCGAUCUAGAACUUUGACUCCUCCACUCGCGCCUAAAGUGAGGAGUGUCACUGACACAUCAAAUUUUGACGAUUAUCCUCCGGAUGCUGAUGGCCCACCGCCAGACGACAUCACCGGAUGGGAUGCCGAUUUUUAAAAACAAAAGUGUUUACACCGUCCCGUUAAUCACAUUAAUUUCCCCUUUCAAAUUAAGUUUGAAAACGCCCGAGGAAUAUUGUAAAUAAUUUUUUUAUACUGUUUUUAAUUGUGAAUCAAUAGUAGUGUUUAAAACAUUUCCCAUUUUCACCGAUUGUUAAGCCUCAGCCUCUCCCCCUCCCUGUAAAUAAUACGUGUAAAACCUCCCUUCUUUUUUUCUUUUUUUUUUUUCUUUUUUUGUCUUGCCCAUUUUAUGUUGUUGUCUUAUCAAUUUUUUCAAUUUU